AUGGCUGCCGCUGCCGCCCAAGAAGAGUUCAACGACCUGAUCGCAAGCAACACCCAUCGCGAGACUCUUCACCCCGAGGACCACCCCGACCCCGAUCGCAACCCCCGCGACGACUCCGACUCCGACGAGUCUGCCUACCGCAACGCCCACGUCGACGCCGCCAUGCGCAUGCCCACGGCUUCCUCGGAGCUCAAGCUCCCGCCCGCCUCCUUCGACAGCGGUUGCGCCACGGGCGUCAAGGGCGUCAUUGCCGACGCCCGGGCCUUCCAGACGGCCCGCCGCAGCAAAUGGAUUGACCGCGCAAAGUCGGCCCGCCGCAGCAUCCUCGGCAUGGCCGGCGUCGUCGCCAAUGGCUCCCGCAGCGAAAGCGAGACGGAUGAGGAUGCCCGCAGCACCCACGGCCUCGACGAGUCGGACGAGGAGGCCUUUCUGCAGCAGUGGCGCGAGAGCCGGCGGCGCGAGCUCGAGACGGAUGCCAACCUAGCCAUCCGCAGCCGGAGAACGAGCCCAAGCGUCCGCAUCUACGGCCGUCUCGACCGGGUGGAUGCCAUGGGCUACCUCGACGCCAUCGAAAAGGUCAACAGGGAGACAAAGGUGGUUGUCUUUGUCGCCGACCAUGAGUGCGACGUUUCCGCCACCAUCGAGUCGGCCUUGCUGCCCCUCGUCAAGGAGAACCCGACGAUACACUUUGUCAAGGUCAACUACGACGAAAUCGAGUUCGACCCGGCCGCCGUGCCGUCGCUCCUGGCCUACCGCAACCAGGGAGACCUGUUUGCCAACCUGACGGGCAUCAUUGAGAUGAUGUCGGAUGACGAGCCCUUUGCCGCCGACUCGCUCAAGAGGAUACUGCGAAGACACCACGUCUUGUAG